AUGCUGCUGCAGCAGGCGACCCCCUCGCCUGGUCCCAGCGGCACGGCCAGUCCCAAAUCCAGACAGAACCCAAACUUUUCCCGACUGAACAGCCCAGUACUAAGUGAUGGUAAAGGUAGCCUCAGAUUGGGUUCAAACAGUCCAAGUAUUGGCACCAGUAGUCCAAAGUUUGGUUAUUUGGGAGACAGCCCUAAUUUAGGUGCUAGCCCUAAGUAUGGAAGCCCAAAAUUGGGAGGAAGUCCAAAGGCUUUGGAAGACGAGGCGGCGCUAGAGAGGCUUCAAACGGAUCUGAAGGAAGGUUGGACUGUGCACACGGGCAGAGAUGGAAGACUUUAUUAUUGCAAGUAA